CGUGUCCAUGGAGAGAGGCUGAGGUGGCCGAGCUCCGGCCCGAGGCAUCGGGGCGCCGGGACGGCGAGGAUGUCGGCUUUGUUAGUCCGGGCCACUGUCCGGGCUGUGAGCAAGAGGAAGCUGCAGCCCACCCGGGCCGCCCUCACCUUGACACCUUCAGCAGUAAACAAGAUAAAACAGCUUCUUAAAGAUAAGCCUGAACACGUUGGUGUGAAAGUUGGUGUCCGAACCAGGGGUUGUAAUGGCCUUUCCUACACUCUGGAAUAUACAAAGACAAAAGAAGACUCUGAUGAAGAAGUUGUUCAAGACAGAGUCAGAGUGUUCAUUGAGAAGAAGGCACAGCUAACACUUUUAGGAACAGAAAUGGACUAUGUUGAAGGCAAAUUAUCCAGUGAGUUUGUGUUCAAUAACCCAAACAUCAAAGGAACGUGUGGCUGUGGAGAAAGCUUUAAUAUUUGACUCCUCAGGACUACUCGAGCUGUAGGCCCCAGGAGAGCUGUGGAAGCUCUAGGGCUUAUUGAAGAAGUCAUAGGACUGUCACAUGCUUAAGGUUUGUAAUGUAUGGCUGCCUUACAAGGAAAAUAAACUGAUGCAUUUGAAAAUGAA